UGCAUUCGUUAUAUACGCAAUUGUGAACUUAUUUGCUGUUUUAUUUCUUAAAUUGGCAAAGCGAUUAAUGUGGACUUGUGCCCCUUUGUAUCUCAUAACCUAAAACUGUUUAGAGCUAAAGUAGCGUAAGUGCAUUUUGUUAUACAUUCCAUUAUAUUUCUAAUAGCCUUAAGCGUAAGCCUCAGAAUGGCAUGAACAUUCACGCACGUAUGAGUCACUUUGCGUCUCAUUAAUUGUAAAUUGUUAAGAUCCAAAGUAACUCAAGUGCAUUUGAUUAGAUGUUCCAUUAUAAUCUUAACUGCUAUUAUCUUAAGCUUUAGAAUGAAUUUGACAUUCAUGUCCAUAAAAGUCAUUUUGGUUCUCACUAAGUAGAAACUUUAAAAUCAAUGUAACUCAAGUGCAAUCUGUUGUACAUUCCAUUUUAAUCCUAACUGCUGUAAUCUUAUAGUAUAAAAUGUAAUCGACAAUCACGUACGCAUGAGUCACUUUCGUUCUCACUAAGUAAAAACUGUUCCAGAAGCAAAGUAACUCAAGUGCGAUCUGCUGUACAUUCUAUUAUAGUCCUAACUGCUUUAACCUUAUAGUCUAAAAUGUUAUUGACAAUCACGUACAUAUGAGUCACUUUGCUUCUCGUAUUGUAAAAGCUGAUCAAAAUCAAAGUAACCCAAGUGCGAUUUGUAGUGCAUUUCAUUAUGGUCCUAACUGCUAUGUUGUUAUAUCUUAGAAUCUCACGUAAAUGUCUGUACUGAUGUGUUAAUUUGAUUCUCAUAAACUAACGACUGUUCAAAACCAAAGUAACUCAAGUGCAUUUUUGUACACGCCAUUAUAACCCUUAAUGGCUACAAUUAUACCUUAUAAUAGCAUUACAUGCAUGAGUCACUUUUGGUUGAACUAAAUAGGUAUGCGUCAUCGAUUGACAAUUGUAAAUCUAAAGAUCAUAAUUAUAAUCGUACUUAGAUAAUUAAUUUAGGAGUAUAGGACGAUAGCUUUCUAAUCCAAAAUUCUUGUCCAAAAGCUUACGUAAUCACCUCCAUCUUAUGUAUGUCACGACUUGAUCGCUCUACGGCCUUCGCGCGUUAAUAAAAGGUGUUGCGCGCGCGCGGCCGCCUCAUUUCGUCGACAACGAUCUAGCGGCGCGGUCGCCUAUCGCCAUGGCUAAGGAAGACUUUAUGAAGAACGUGCUUUACGUUGUCAACAUCAUCUUCGCCGUGUUCGGGCUGGCUACAGCUAUCACGGGAAUAUGGUUUUUCGUGCAGCUCAUGGAAUUCGUCCGGCUUCGGAAUAUGAACCAUUACUUACUUGACUGGAGAGUUUACUGGCCUCAAGUGGCGCCAUGGCUGUUUAUCAUCUUCGGGGUCAUGAUCAUCAUCAUCGCCUUCUGUGGUUGGUGCGGCGCGCAGCGGGAAAGCAGAGGAAUCCUCGGGAUUUACGGUGGAUUCUUGAGUUUCCUGAUCCUGUUCCAAGUGCUUUCAGCAGUGCUUAUAUUUGUGUAUGUGGAUGGUGAAGAUACUGACCGUUUCAUUAAGGAUACAGUGUACGAUGGAUUCUACAACAUACAAAACAACCAGGAACACGCAAGGCAGUAUGAGUGGAUCGAACGGAAGCUGAAAUGCUGCGGUGCCAACGACGCAAGAGAUUACCGAGCUUUUAGAAAUGAUCUGCCUUUGUCAUGCUGUCAUGACAGCCUUUACAAAGCCUUGUGUGACUUCACGGACAAGGAAGCUAAUGAGAGAGUGGGUUGUGCUAAAGUGGCUGCAGUGUACACCAAGAUUAUCAGCUCUUCCGUCGCCGCUGCGUCACUACUUAUGAUGAUUCUCGAGAUCGUCGGAGUGGCGAUCGCUUGGAGACUGUUUCAUCUGUUCCGGGAGGUGGAACAUUAUAUCCCAGAGAAGAAGGAAGGUGAGACCGAGUGCUAGUAUUAGUUGUGGUUAGCCAGUAUUAUACCGCCGACUUAGUAUAUCCGACACGAAUCCGACGCGAUUUACUGCAGUUUUAACUAUGCAUAUCUGCACGUUGUUUACAAUAAUAAACAUAGAAUUCUCAACUUAAAGUGUUACAUUGUAAGGUUCAAAAUAACUUAAGUAUGACAAUGGAAUAUGCCGAUAUGCAUAAUUAAUUUUAGAUUGCUGCAUUUAGCAUCAAGUUCCCACGUCUCCUUGAUCAAGGAAAAUCAGGCAACUUGUUUAUGUUAACGUAAUUAUUAUUUAAUUGUUAAGAUCUCCGCAUUCCUUCGUGUCUUAGUUAAGAUUAUGGUUAAGGUCUUUAAUUGCCAUAAUGAAAUCGACUGUUGAGGUCAAAAUGCCAUCGCCUUGAGUGAUUUUAAUCAGGAUCCUCCUAACUCAAUCAUGUAUAUUUAGGCAAUUGAGUGACUUAAGCCCAUUAACACAUCCUUGAAAUUGAGCUGUAUUACUUUCAACCUAAGGUUGAAUUUAGCAUUAGUUGUUUAAAGCCUUAAGCUAUGCGACCUCGCGCCCCUCCAAGUCGUGACGAAUUAUAAAACCAUUCGAGUAUGUACCUCGUCCAACGUUGAUUUCGCAAGACUCGCUCUAAGUUGCUUCGAAAGCGAGCGCGCCAUGGACAGGUAUAUGUUGUACUUACCUCGAAGGCCGCUUAUGAGAAAAUGUUUGACCUCAAAUAGAACAUAGAACUUAAAUGCAGUAUCUUCGCGAGUUUCGAUGGAACUUUCCGACUGUUUUGUUAAAGGCGAUGGUGUUUUGUCAUGUUAUUAGCGAUGUGUGUUUGGGAACCCGAUUGGUUCUAAGGCAGUUACGCAAUGUGUUCUUCUGAAUGAUAAUUUAUUGGCUUCGAUGAAGCAUGUUUUGAAAUAUCAAAGUGCCAACGUAACCAUGUUAUUUGGUUGCGAUUAUGCAAUAGAUUACGCAUCGUUAUAUUUAGAUAUAUAUAUAUAUAUUUGCUACAUUCAUUCUCCGUCCAUAUUAUUGUAUAUUUUGGACUAGAAUAAGUUUUUUUUACCUGCUCAUAUGGACUUUAGAUGUAACAUAUGUAUACCACCUUCUGUAGAAUAUUUUCGUAAAUGUUAUCGCAUGCCAAAGAAACAUAUAGGUACAAAUAUAUAUCGAAUCAUAUAAUUUAUGUGUUAAAGAAAUAUUUUUUGCAUGCAAAAACUAUACACGUGUUAGGUAAGAUAGUUUUAAGUAUAUAAAUCACAAUUAUGAAAUGUAUAUAAUUAUUUAGAUUUUUAUACAUAACAAAAGGGUAUAUUUUAGAGAAAACUGCAGACAUCUCUAAAGUAUAUCUGGAAUGCCUAGUCUUUAAGUUACCUUUUCGUUGUGAUGUGUCAGAAAUGUGUAAUAAAUGACAUCUUACUAA